AUGGUGCAAGAUAUCAAGGUCUCGCCUAUCAGUUCUUCGGACUUCCCAUUUAACAAAUUAAGGCGAAGCUCAGCAACUGUUGGAAACGACAAUCAUUUUUAUGACAUUGAUAACAGAAAUGGCUCUGCCGAUAGGGAAGAAUUCUUCUACAAGACUGAAAAUAGUGAUGGAGACUUGUGGAAUGCAUGUUCAGUUUUCCUUGAUGAGACCUUUGACAACGAUAUGAGAUAUGAUACCUCGUGUAAGAAGACUUUUCAAAUGGGUUCUGAAUCUCCUGAAUUAUCGAAAAGUGGAACCUACAAAAUGGAGAACUAUGCUUUUGAAGACCUACUGCCGAAGCCGAAGAAAUGGUCUUCAGCUGUAGCGAUGAAACAGAUGGAUAUGGGCGAACCACGGUCUUCAUUUUCUAAAGACGAAUUAGAGGAAGAUUUUAACUUUUAUGUUGCUAGCAGGUCAAGAUUAGAUGGAAACUUCAAUGCACAAAAUUUCGUUCCAGAAGAUGUAAGGGAUAAUUCGAGCUUGCUGAGCGAAGAGUCAAGCUCAUGCGCUGCGGUGAGGGGUGACUCCACCGCGCAUUCACCAGCAAUAAUAUUGACAGGAGGGAACAGAAGAAAGCAUAGAAAUGCUUUUGCAAGCCCUAGAAAGCAUAGAAAUGCUUUUUGUAGCUCUAGAAAUAGGUACAGUACCAAGGACGAAAAGUACAGAAGUAUGCCAAACUCAUCAAAGCGAGUACCAUCUCAUUUUUCAAACUCUAUUCUCCGGGAAGAGUUGGGGUCACGUAACAGUUGGCACUUUGAGGAAAGAAAGCCUUCACUUGAUAAAAGUUCUGUUGCCGCCUCAUUCUGUCUAGAUUUAGAGACAGAUUUUACAGUCUUCGGAUCCAAGAAUAGAAUCGAAGAUCCUUUUAACGUCUUUAAUACCCUCGAAUUAAGUGACAAGGCGAGUCCUUGCUUUGGUGGAUUUAAUAAAACUGCACCUCGUGCAGACUCUCAAAAGUUGGCAUUUGACUGCUCAGCUGCAUUCCCUAAUGUUGAUUCCUGGCCAACGAGCCCAAGUUUGUCUCCAGAUUUUCAUUUAAAAGGAAAAUCUGAGGAUGCUGGAGGUUUUCAUUGUGCGACUUCAUCUACUGAUAUGUCAGGGCAGGAAAGUGUUAGCAAAAGCGAUAAACAAGUGAAACUGCAAAAAGACAGACGCAAAAAUUUUGAUCAAGAAAAUGUUUUCAUGGGAGAUGAUGAAUUGUCCUCUGAAAAGAAACUACCAGAAGAUGCCCCAUCUUUGAAGAAUCAUGAGCAAGAAUGUGAAGGAACAGAGGACACAAAUCCAAAAGCAUCAGCAACUGAGUGUCGUGUAACAGCUGACUCUUCGGGUCAUGUGGAGGAGAUAUCAUCAUUACUGAAGAUACCCGACAAAGAAGAAAGUCAAGUAGAUAAAAGAAAGAACAAUUGCGAAGCUGAAACUCUUCUUACAUGUAAAACUUCAAACGAAGAUAUGCAACUUUGGUUGCCUGAAGAAAGAAAGAAGAGUGAAAAACAUAAUAAUGAUAAAAUUAGCUUGUCAGGUCAGGUGAUGUUUGAAAGCUUCGUCUUUCAGCUUCUGCAUAUUCAGAAGGUAUUGAAGGAGGCCCCUACCUGAAGCAGUAACGCCUUCGUUGAACAUAGCAGUGCCAAUAAAAUUUCUCUUCAGAUGCCUCGUGAACAAAGGAACAUUAAAUCAUCUUUUUUUUCUCAAAGCGACCAUUCCUAAUAUGGAUAAUUUUCUCGGCCAAGUUGCUAAAAUCGUUCUUUUCUUCA